CUUCGCUCCAAGUCCAACGGGCCUUGGAGCAAAAGGAAUUCACCGUCAGAAACGCCUGGGCGAAGGUUGGCCGCACGUAGAAGCAGGUGAGGCCGCGCUCCAGCGAUGAAUAGCAGCACCAAAUUUAUGAACGAAGAGGUGAAGACGACGAAGAAGAAAAUGGGUAGGGAGAGCGAGAUUUUUGCUUCUUGCACUUUCUCUAGCCUCGGUCUGCACUCUACUUUAUGCGACCAACUCCAAGAGAAAAUGGGAUUUGAAGUACCAACCCUUGUACAGGCUCAAGCAAUUCGGGCUAUCUUGUCCGGGCGUCACGUCAUUGUUAAUGCGGCCACGGGUACUGGCAAAACUAUUGCGUAUUUGGUUCCAAUCAUCCAUCACUUGCAGAAGUCCGGUCGUAGGAUUCAGCGGGCUGAUGGAACUUUCGCGUUGGUUCUUGUACCGACGCGGGAGCUAUGCAUGCAGGUCUAUGAAACUAUACAGAAGUUGAUACAUCGUUAUCAUUGGAUUGUUCCUGGUUACAUAACAGGUGGGGAAAGUCGGUCAAAGGAGAAAGCCAGGUUGCGAAAAGGUAUAUCAAUUUUAGUUGCAACACCAGGUCGGCUCUUGGAUCACUUAAAGAAUACAUCAUCGUUUUUGUACUCUAAUUUGCACUGGAUAGUUUUUGAUGAAGCAGAUAGAAUUUUCGAAUUAGGAUGUGGCAAAGAAGUUGAGGAAAUACUGGAUCAUCUGGGCUCAAGGAAGAAUAUUUAUGUCAACAAGGAGGAUGCAGCUUCAAAUUUUGAUUUCCCGCGGCAGAAUUUGCUUUUAUCAGCCACCCUAAAUGAAAAUAUAAAUCGUUUUGCCAAAAUUAGUUUAGAGAAUCCUAUUGUGAUUGGUCUUGAUGGUGGCAACGAUGCCCUUGAAUUUCAACCAUUUGAACGUGGUCGAUUUUUGAGACAUGACAUAACUGAUGAAGCCGAGCCAACAGGAAAGAGAGAGAGCUUUUCAAUUGGAGAUUAUAAAAUUCCAACCCAGUUAGUUCAGAGUUACGUGCAAGUGCCAUGUGGUUCUCGGUUACCUGUGCUUUUUUCUGUCUUGAAGUAUUUGUUUGAGGGAGAAUCCUUUGAGAAGCCAGAAAUGAUGAAGCUGGCCCAGAAAGCAUUUUGCUCUUGGGUUUGUGCAUAUACUGCUCAUCGUGGUGAGUUGAAAAGAAUUUUUGUGGUCAAGAAACUUCAUUUGGGGCAUGUGGCAAAGAGCUUUGCGUUGAAGCAACAACCAUCUGCUGUUGGAAAAUCAUUCAAGAAACAGGUCAAGAAAAGGAAAAGAAAUCCAAAACAGGAUGUGUCAUCAUCAAAAAAGAGGACUUUGCAAAUCGGGGGGUACGCAUGAAGGGGAAUGUGUAAUUUUGAUUUCGUUUAUACAUGUUGGUGAUCUUGAAUGCUGUAAUUGUUUACCGUGUUUUUAUGAUUAGGUGGACCAAUUGCGAGGCACCUCGCUCAAAUUUUGAAUUAUAUUCAGUUCUCUUAAUACGGCCUUGUUUAUGAUGGUGUAAUGUGUUUGCAACUUAUAACCCAAUCUAUCCAAAUUGAUUUUGCAUUGGACUGAUUGGGUCAUUGGACGCCUUAUCUCUUAUAUCUGUGACAGUACAUAGAUAACUGUGACAGUACAUGUUUGAGCUGUUUCAACUGUGCAACUUCGAUGAAAA